AUGCCAACGCCACAUCGCAACCGCACGUGGUGGCGUCCUUCGUAUAGCUCGUCGAUCAGAGCUCGUCGCCAGCCCGCUGGUGCCGCCCACCAGCCUGGUACCCAACCGUCUUACCGUCGCUCUGCCUCUGCGAGCCCUGCUCGCCGUUGCUUAAGAAGCUGUGCUGCUUCGCGACCAGACAAACCACCUACACUGCACUCGCCAGACAAGAUGAGCGAGCCUGGCGGCCUCCAGAACGAGCUGGCAGCUGUGGAACAGCAGGUGGGCGCCGUGAUCGAGUCGUUCGUCGAACUCGGCGUGUCCGUGUACGACUUCCCAGGCACUUCCGAGGCGUCGCAGGGCAUGGUAACGAAUCUGAAGAGGAACGUCGACCGGGUGGCGAGGCUGAACCGGCAGAGCUGCGACCCGCGGUCGCAGCUCGCCGAGGUGAGCAUCCCGCUCGAGGUGGUGCAGUACAUCGAGGACGGGCGCAACCCCGACAUCUACACGAGGGAGUUCGUCGAGGCCGUCCGGCGCUCGAACCAGUACCAGCGUGCCAAGAUGCACGGGCUGCGGCAGCUGAGGGACUCGCUCGCCGAGAAGAUCGUGGACGAGUUCCCAGACCUCGAGAACUGCGUCCAGAGCAUCGUCCGGCAGGCAGACGGGAAGGAAACAAGCAAAUAG